AUGUCACAAAAAUCAACUGAACAACUUUGUGUCGAUGACGUUGUUGAGAUUGAUGGAUUAAAAGGUGAGGAACCAUGGUCAAAUAAGAGUAAAGCUUUGUUUGUAGUCUUAAUGGAUGAAGAGGUUGUAAAAGGAAAUCGACCAACUACAACAUUUACAAAGACUAGUUGGAAUUAUAUGAGAAGCCAACUAAAUGCUAGUACAGGAUAUAAUUAUUCUCAUCAUCAAUUGAAAAAUAAGUUCAACAAAUUAAGACAAAUUUACAAAGACUUCAAAAAGAUAUUGAGUGAUAUGAUAGAAAAUGGUUGGGAUCCAUUAUUAGGUACCAUCAAUCUUGAAGAAGAGCAAUGGAACGAGCUUUUUAAGGUGAAUAAUCGAGCUAAAAAGUUUAGAAAAAGUGGUUACCCACAUUAUGAAAAGCUCAUAAGGAUUUUUGGAGAUACUACUACAACAGGUGUAAAGCUUGCCCGUCAAUAA